AAGGGUAGAAGUUGAACGUCCUCUCUGAACGUCCAGCUGGAGUAGGGCUUUGACAGGUGGGAGAGAGAAGAAGGAGGAGGCGUCUAGGUGAGGGUUUAAGGACACCUAUGUAGCAAUUGGGGUCCGUGUUAUGUUCCAUUUCGGCAGCCCUGAGAUCCCAGGCUCAUUCUAGUAGUGAAUGGGAACUUUCCUACCAUCCCUGGAAGUGCCCUGAAGGCUGCUGGUGCUUCUGCUUUUAACACUGUCAUAGCAUGCCUUAGUGUUGUCAGCAUCUAGGCACUAAAUAGACCAUGGUGAUAGGUGUUGUUAGGCCUAAUUUUCAGAGAGAGGUUUUGAUAAUCUAUGGCUGAACACUCAUAUCCGUGCUGAGAAUAUUAAUGUGAUUAGAAUUUGCCCAUUUCCCCUGGUCUUUGACAUUUUCAGUUAACUGAAUCAUGAUCUUUUGUUUCUAAAAAUCAACCAUGUAUUUUAAUUUGAUGGAAUUACUCUCCUCCCUUCCCCCAACUGGGUGAAAAGCUUUCCAAAACUUAAAGACAAUAUGAAAGGUAUAUGAGAUUUUAGAACUGAUCGAGACUUUUAAUAGGCCAUCCCUUUCAUUUUACAGAUGAGCAAACUAAGUUCUCCAAGGUUGUGACUUGCCCAGGGUCACACAGCUAGUGACAGCUAAGUACUAGAUCCAGUUUUGAUUUCCCGUUGUUGUUUUUUUCCCAUUUUGUUCUAUUACCUUUGUGUUAAAAUGUUACUUUUGCUUACCUUUUUUUUAAAUAAUGAUUUUGUGUAGAUAAGUAGAAAACUUGAAAAUGGGAGUCUUUAUUUUUUUUAAUUUAGAAAUUCACCUUGUGGCCAUAAGUGACCAGAUAGCUCAAGUAAUUAAUAAUUUAUUUAUCUUCUAACUUUAGGCUUAUUUCUUCACCUGACUUUUCUAAAAACUAAAUUAAUGUACUUCUAAAACUUUCAUAGCUUCACAAGUAUAGUCGGAUAGUGUUUAUAACACUAUGUAUAUGUGUGUAUAUAAUAUACAUAUAUAUAAAAAGCAUUAACCUAUGGUUUUCAUGAGUCCACAUAGCCCCUACUCUUAAGUACUUGAAGAAAAAUUCUGAUACAAUAAAUUAGACCAUUGAAACAAAUGUAUAUACUUUCCCCAAAAAUCAACAUUUUAAAUCCAUUGUAAGUUGAUUUUCCUUCAGGUUUUUUAGAGUGCACCUCUUCAUAGUCCUUCAAAAGAAUUAGUUCAUCAUUGUAAGUAUUUACUAAAAUCACAAACCUCACUAUUCCUGAAAAGAUGAUCUUUGUGACUUGCUUUUAUCAGAAGAUUUAGUUACCUAGUCUCCAGUUUUCUGGUAAUAGAUUUCAUUGAAUUUAUUUACCUAGGUAAGCCACUGGACAGUGCAUAGUGUCUGUUUGCUAGGCUGGUACUUAAAGCCUUUCCAAUUUGGUAACACUUGAUAGAACUUGUAUUGUACUGGCACUGUACAGGCUUUGAGAAUCCAAUAUCACUUCCAUUCUACAGUGAAUUCUUUAGAGUAGGACCAUCAGGGAAGUUAAGCUAUCAAUUCAUUUUAAGGUAUAAAAUACCUAUUGCUUUUAGCUUUCACUGAGUAGCUUCAUAUAUAUUUUAUGCUGAGUCAUAGUAAGUUUCUCUUAUAGAAGUAUAGCUUAUAUAGUACCAGUCACAGGUUGUAUUACAGAAAUAAAUUAGUGUAAGAUAAAACUGGCUUAUUUAAUAUUGCUUCUUUGUUUUGGGAGCUUUUAGUCAUUGUAGCAAAUGUUGAGUGCAUCCUUUUGGUUCAACAGCAUAUUAAGUGCUUUGGCACUUAUGGAAUGCACAAGUUUUGAUACAAAUCUUCUCAGGAGCUUCCUGUCUUAUUUGGGGAAAGUAUAUUUUAAUGUGGCAUAUUCUCAUUGAUAUAAAUACUUCUUGUUUUUAGAUCAAGCAAUCCUUGAAUACCUUAAUAGGUUCAUCAGCUGAUGAGAAACUGCUGGUUUGAUUGGAAAUAGAAGAGUUGGAGCAGUUACAUAGCACAGUGAAUAAAGCACCAGGCCUUUAGGCAGGAGAACCUGCUUUCAAAUCUGGUCUCAAAUGCUUCCUAGCUGUGUGGUCUGACACAAGUCAUUUAACCCCAUUUGCUAGCCCUUGCUGCUCUUCUGUCUUAGAAAGGAUACUGAUGCCGAAAAUAGGGAUUAAAAAAAAAGGAAAUAGAAGGAAGCAAAAAGAGUUGUAUAGGCCAGUUAGCCUAUAAGACUAAUCUGUGCUUAAGUAAUGAGGAUCUGGACUAAAGUGGUAGUGAUAAGAAUGAAAAGAGAAGGAAAAGAAACUUUAAAAUGAGCUGAAACAACUUUAAAAAAAUUCCCUUGGGGAAGCUGGAUAGCUCAGUGGAUUGAGAGCCAGGCUUAGAGAUGGGUCCAAAUCUGGGCAAGUUACUUAACCUCCAUUGCCUAGCCCUUACCACUCUUCUGCCUUGGAACCAAUAUACAGUAUUGAUUCCAAGAUGGAAGGUAAGGUUUUAAAAUAAAAAAAAAUAAAUUCCCUAAUAAACAUUUAUGUCUGUAAUCCUUUUUCAUGUGGGACCUUUUGUUCAGUCCUUUCAGUCAUAUCUGACUCUUUUUUUGUGACUUCCUUUGGGGUUUUCUUAUCAAAGAUACUGGAGUAGUUUGCCAUUUCCUUCUCAAGUUCAUUUUGCAGAUGAGGAAACUGAGGCAAACAGGGCUAAGUGACUUGCCCAGGGUCAUAAAGCUAAUAUGGGCCUAAGGCUAGUUAAACUCAGAUCUUCCUGACUCAUCUACUGGGCCACCUAGCUGCCCCAUAAGCAAGUCACUUGACCUUUUUGGAUUUCAGUUUUUCUGUAUGUAGAAAGACAAGGUUGAGUUAGCUGGCUUCUGAGAUUCCUUCUAGUGCCAUAUCUAUGAUCCUGUGAUAUUAUUCAUGUUUUUGUUAUAGUACCUUUGUUUUGUUGUUGUUUUUUUUAAGCUUGUAAAGUUUGUCCCUACUAUUUUGAGCCUUGCUUUCCCUUCCUCCCCACUUAGUAUUAUUCUUUGUGCUGUUUUUCACAUUUAUAUGUGGCUCAUAUACUUACUGCCAGCCUAAUUCUAUUGUUAAUUUUAACUUUCCAUGCUGUUGGUCAUUUGAAUUGCUUACAAUUGUUAUAAAUAAUCUGAGAGGGAGCACAGCAAAGUGCAUAGAGGGCAGAUUCCAGAGUCAGGUUGACCUGGAUUCAAAACCCAUCUCUGAUGAUAAUUGGCUGAGAGAUUCAGGGCUAGUUACCCUUUCAGUGCUCCAGGCAGCUAAGACUCCAAAUAGCAGAGCAGCACCAAACUGCUAGAGGAAAGAUCCUUGCUUGGGUGUCCUGUGUGCCAGUAAAUCACAGGGCCAGACAAAAUAAAAUGAUUGUAGAAUUCUCUCUAUAAUUUACUUUUUCUCUGAGUUGUUUCCGGGGGGUUUGUUCUCAAAAUCAGAAUUACUCUGUUUAAGAACAUGAGCAGUUACAUAGCUUAUGUUAUAUAUAUAUAUAUAUAUGGAGAGAAUUGCAUUUCUUAACUCAGAUCACUCUAUAGUAAUGUAUCCAAAUUCUUUAUUGUGGCCCACAGAAGUUAUAUACUCUUAAACUAUGCUUGCACAUAUUUAUUUGAUUUUAGGAGUACAAUUUUCAGUUAAACUUUUUUCAUUCAUUUUAACAUUGAAAUGAAAUACAAAAACUGCAUUAAACAGGGGCUUUUGCCUUUUGUAGGGGGAGGGAGAGAGAGAUAUGGAGGGAGGAGGAGAGGGAGAGAGAGACAGAGACAGAGGGGGGGGGGAGAGAGAGAGAAAGUGAGUGAGUGAGUGAGUGAGUUCUGGUAAAUAAAGAAUCAAAGAACCCCUUUGCCCAGUGCAUUUCAACAACUUCUCUGUAAUUUAUAGUUUUGGAGCACCCAAAGGUUAAGUACACUGCCCAGACUUUGCCAGGGCUUCUCGACUCCAAAACUUUGUUCUCUGUCCACUAUAAUUAUACUACUCCUCUCAAGAAGUUAUAUUUCACAUAAAUGUAAAAUUGAAGCUAAUCAGUAUCAUUGUUCCUCUUCAUGCACUAACUUUUCUAUUUAUAGAAUUAGAGGUGUGACUAAAAGCUGUAAAACAGGCAAACACAAACUGAUUUCUUUGAUUUUUGUUGUCAAAAUGAUUUCUUGCUGAUAGUAAUUUGAAAAGCAAUUACAUAUAAAGUCUUUAAAGCAAAAGGAAGACUAUUUCCUAGCUGUGUGACUAGGUAAGUCACUUGACCCCAAUUUCCUAGACUCUUUUUUGCCUUGGAAUCAAUAUUGAUUCUGAGUCAGAAAGUAAGAGUCUUUAAAAACAAAACAAAAAACCAACAACAAAAGGAAGCCUUCCUUUAUAUUGGAUAAAGAGAGAUAUAGAAAAUUUAUGGUCAACAUUGGUGGAAAGAUAGACUGUAGACAGACUUGGAUACAAUUAGAGGUUCCAAAAUAACAAAUACUUGAAAUGCAAAGAAAAAAAGUUAUGCUGAGAAUUUAACUUAAAGAAACUUGAAAUUGUAAAACUAGAUUUAUUUUCAAAUUCUAAAUUUUUGUUUUUAAAUGUUGAGAAAGAUUUAACUUUUUGAAACCCACAGAUAAGCCAGGAGCAGGGGACAACACAUGUAGACAGGAAACACAGACCCCCAAAAUCUUGGUAAGAUUUAUUGGAUCACAGAGUCACUUCAUUGACGUCGGGAAUGGAAAUCCUAUGCAGAUCUCUGAAUUGGGGAGAGAUCUCAGAGAUAACACAUUAUUUGGGCUACCUAUAGCUAACAAUUGCUAAUCUGUUACCCUGAAGUCUCCCAGCAGGGGGCUCCAGAGUCCUUUGGAGUUGUGGCCAAUUGAAACUGAGAAACUCCAUGCUUUAUGUACCACCUUAUAGAAGCAUAGGUUUUGAGGUGACAAGGUCCUUUUCAUUAAGCCAUCUCAUUUUAAAGAUGACAAUACUAGGCCCCAAAGAGGUUAAGUAAUUUGCCCAAAUUUAAUAAUUAAGUUAGCAUGAGUUCUCAGAAUCUUUCACUGAAAGGACAGCUGUAACUCAGUCCUCUGCCAAGUGCACAUUGUUCCUUGAGCUCCAUGACCAAGGGCCAAAUCUUCUUUCAUUAUGUCCUCCCACUAGGGCAGACUUCCUGUUGCAUUACUUCAUGAAAAAUAGUUCUCUACUGAAAAAUAUGGAGAAAUUCCUACAAGGCGCUGAAGGAUUUUUUAUUAUAGUUCCAUUAUACAAACAGUUCCAAUUGUGGGGCAGAUCCCCAGACAAGGUGCUAACCCAGUGAUUCUUUUCCUUUAGAAGAGCAAAACACUAGGGUUGAUUAUUCCAACUCUAGAUUGGGAGUUCGUUAACUUUUUUGUGUCAUGAAUCACUGUUACUAAAAUAGACUAUCAGAAUAUUUUUGAAUGUGGGAAAUAAAAUACAAAAGAAAUCAAUUACACUGAAAUACAGUUAUCAAAGAAAUUUUUAAAGCUCCCACAAAUUCAUAGAUCCCACUCUGAGUCCCUUUUUUUUUUUUAGAUUAAGAGGUGCUAUAAUAGAUUUCAAGGAAUCAAUGAAUUUUUUAAAUUGUCAAAGGGGCACAUGCCACACAUAUUAAUCGAUCGUGAGUAAUCAUGGCCAGGCUAUCCAAAAAUUACUAUAUCAGAACAGGGAUACUCCGCAUCAAGUUUUAACUUAAAAUCUAGAACAGGAGUUCAUAACAAUUUAUGUAAUAGAACACGUAGAAGAAUUCAGGUUGAUUAGUAACCACUUCUAGUAAUGCUUAUGUAGAGUCCUGUACCCCUGGUAAUUAUGACUUCCACUUAUAUACUAGUCCCAGAAUUGGGAAUGGCAGGAAUUUUAUGGAUUUACUUUUGAUUUAGGCCUAUAAUACCUUCAGAAUCCCAUGUUACUUUAGUUUAAACCAUUGAAAAUCUUCCACUUUGUUGCAGAGGGUCUAAGAGUUUGAAACAUUGUGAAAUAUUUAGCCUCAAUGUAACCUAUCUUUCUCCUUUCCCUUCCUGUAGUGCUGGGGAUCAGCUGGCUAAUGUUGCAUAAUGUAGCAGUUGAGUGGUACUUGGGAUGAUUCCAUUCCACACAUUACAUAGACUAGAAAUAUGCAAUGUCAAGCCAGGGUUCUCUCUUUUAGGAUAUGUUUGGUAUAGGGGAGGUUAGUGCUUCUGCUUCCAAGCUUACUUGUACUUUAUAUUUGUAGUCUUCAUUUUUAUAUUUGUACUAUCUAUAUUUCUAUGUUUUCUUAUCUCCCCCUUUCAGGAUGUAAACUCCUGGCAAAUUGGGUUAUUUCAUUCCUACAUACUUAGCCUUUAUAAUCCCAAAGCCUCACACAGUGCCUGGCACACAGUAGGUGCAUAGUAAAUACUUUUUUGAUUGCUAUAUAGACUAUUUGAUUGUGCAUAAAAUCCAGUCCAAAAGCCCCAUUACUCAGCAACUCUUCUAGCACCAUUUAGUUGCCAAAUGGGAAAAAAAAGUUCAUUUAAGGAGAAGAUGGAAUUCAUGAGGUAUGAUUACAUAGCAAGAAUCUUUAUGGAUCAGUUCAAGGUGCCAGUUGUACUGCAGUAAGGAGCCCCCUUUCUCCCUGACCAGCCCCAAAAGACCCGGAAGCAAUUCCUUGUAUUUAUAGGUAUUAGCUACAGUUUAUCCACUGAUUUUUUUCAUCCUGUCAGCAAGUCUUGGUAUUUGCUGUAACAGGUCAUUGUGGAAAUGGCUACAUCCAAAGUUACAAGCGACCAUUCAGUUUAAUGCAGCAAAUAUGUAUUAAACACUUAUGUAGGGGGCUACAGUAGAUUGAGGGCCAGGCCUAGAGAGAGGAGGUCCUGAGUUUAAAUUAGACCUCAUAUGCUUCCUAGCUGUGUGACCCUGGGCAAGUCACUAAAACCUCAUUGCCUCACCCUCACCACUCUUCUGCCUUGGAACCAAUACACAGUAUUGAUUCUACGAGAGUUGGUAAGGGUUUAAAAAAUAUAUAUGUACCAUGUACUACUGUGCUAGGUACAAGGAACACAAAGACAAAAAUGAAUUGUCCUCUCCAUUAAGAAAAUUACAUUCUACUUGACUUUCUUGUCCUUCUAUAUGCACUUGCCCCAUGUUUACAGAUCUCACAGACUGAAUGUUGUAGAAAAGAAUUAUGUGAUAUAUAAAAAGCAUCAAUAUUCAAACAUAGCCUCAUUUGAGUUGUGGAGGCAUUAUUUUGAAGGUACGCAGUAUCUUAUCAGUACUAGCACCAGCCACCAAAACUUAGAAUAUCUUUACCUUUAGUCACUCUAACAUCAGGUUGCCUAAGUGUUUACUAGGAAAUUCAAAUAUUCCUACAUUUCACAAUAUGUGGACAGAUAGACUGUAACAAAUCCUCAAUUUGGGUGGCUGGAAAAUCAAUUAGUCAAUUCUAUAGACUACAAACUUUGUAGCCACUAAAACACAAGAUCUAUUAGUUAAUUCAUUAGCAUUAUAUUCAGGUCCUGUACACAGGUCCAACUAUCUGCCCUCCAGAUAACAUGAAAACUUUAUAGAAAGAAAGGUCAGUGCUUCUUGAGUAUCAUCAUUCAUAAUAAACCUUUAAUAGGCAGUGCUUCGUGUUUGACAUGACUUCCUGAAUGUGGAAUGUGGGGGGAAUCUGUUCUAAGUUUCACAUGGCCAUUUGAGAUAUUUGGUGGCCAUGAAUUCCAGAAUGUCCAGCCUUAUGUGUUAAGUGCUUGUCCCAGGGUUCCACUGGGACCAUCACAGGCUUGUUUGAACCCUUACUACAAACUUCUUCUAUCCCUGGGUGGCUUUAACUCCCUCAUCUUUGGGAUGUCUUGAUGGCAGUUAAAAUGAUCAGUUUUAUGAUUCUACAAUUUUUAUCUUCUCUCUCAUCACAACUCAGUGCCAUAUUGAACAAAAUGUUGAAUAUUGAAGUCAGAAAGACCUGAAUUUUAAUCUUGCCUCAGAAAUUGAUUGGCUAUAUGAUUUAAGUCACUUAACUUCUAUAUACCUCAGUUAUUUCAUCUAUAUUAUUAAGUGAUGGACUUGACAGCCUCUUAAGCUCUUUUCCCGCUUUAAGUCUAUGAAUUUAUGACUAGCAGUCAGAUUUCCAUUUCUUACAUUUUGGGACUGAACUAUUUUGCCUGUGGGCAGACAGAAUGAGAACUAUUCUCUCCUACCACUGCCUCAUAUAUAGCCUCCUCAGGUGAAGAGACCUCCAACUGCACAAGUACCUUUUGUCUUUCAUCUCCUGCUGGACACAGCAUGUGCCCUGAAGAAAGGCUAUAUAAAUGGCCAAACAAGGUAUCUUACUCCAAAAGACUCCUUCAGAGUAUUUGCCACAUCCUGCUACCACCUCAUUUCCGGUUUGCCCAAGCUCAGCUGCGUGAGCAUCUUAUGUCUUCCAUCUUCUAGGUGCAGCAUAUCCCAUGAGGAAAGACUGCAAGGGCCUGGACUGGGCAUCUUUCAUCUACAAAGCAGCAGCUUCUCUCUGUGCCAACACAAAACAACCAUCUCUUGUUGCCAGCCUAGUCUCCCAGUUGGGAUGUAGUGAACCUCCAAUGCAAAGAGAAGCAACCUACUCUUUGAUUCAGGUCUUUGCACCUGUCGUUUGAGGGGAAAGGAUGAGGAAAGUUGGUGAAGAAUGGAACUUCUUUCUCUUGGUGUGCAGGUUCAACUUCCAGUUACAGCUGUGCCCUUUUCCUACCUACUCUCCAGCCUCUGCAGUUGUGUGAAAGGGCUUCCUAUCUGACCAUGUUCCUCUUAUUUUAUGCUUGUCUUUAGUGUAAUCUUCAAUCUCCAUUGGGAAGAAGAGUGGCACUCAACUCUGUGAUGAACUUUUUCACAACUGGUCAUGACCUUCAUAUCCCUAUGACUUUGAAUUAUUGUGGAUCAUCAUCCAAACACUAUUCCCCCUCUUUCUUGUUCCCUCAACCCUCUACACUAAACUCUACCCAGUGUUUCCAUUGUGUUCUCUAGAGUACUUGUUCUAUAGGUAGCAAACUUCCCUUCAUCUUAAAUUAUUUUCCUCUCCCACUCCUUCCAUUUGCUAGCACUUACAGAACCUGACUUUUCUCAAAUGACAUAGUCUCCCUUUACCACCCUUUCCAGUACUGCACCAUUAUUCAUUCUCCUUGGCUCAUUGGUUGAGGUGGAGGAGUUGGAAUAUUCCUUGCUCCCUGUUGCCACUUCCAGGGUCUCUCCCUGCUUCAAUCAUUCAGAAAUUUCUCUUCCUUUGAGGUUUAUGCUAUUUUUAUCAACCAUCAAAUCCAAAUUCUGUAGACAAGUUAUAUUCUCUAUAGAUUCCUCAAUUUACUCCCUUUCCUUCCUCAGUGAGUAUGGUACCUGACUCACAAUUUUUCUCCCUUCCCUAACUAUUUCCCUUAUUCUAGGAGACUUAAACAUACAUAUUUACUCACCUUCAAACUCCCUAACCACCACCACUCAGUUCCUUAACCUACUAAUUUCCCAAGAGUUAAUCCUCCAUUCCACCUCAGCCAUACACAGAGAUGGUCAUGGGUAUGGACCCAGAUAGAAAAAAAUCACAAACCAUUCUGAUUAGGUCCAUUCCAAAUUUAUGUUAUACAAUCUUAACUGGGCUCUCACUGCUACUAAGAAAUUUUUUUAACCUUUCUGACUUUGAAUUGAUACAAGUUAUCAGAUCCAAGUGCUAGGCAAUAGGGUUAAGCAAUUUACCCAGCUAGGAAAUGUCUGAGGUCUUAUUUGAACCCAGGACCUCCUGUCUCCAGACCUGGCUCUCUAUUCAGUGAACCAGCUAACUGGCCGACUACUAGUCAAUCUUACUAUCCGUGCCUCAUCAGCUCACUAUCCCAUUCUCCACAGGGCCUCUUAAAAACCUUUUAUCUGUCCUCAAAUGUCCCAUAGGUCUCUUCCAUCCUAUUCCCCCCAACCCCCACCCCCACUUUUUCAGCUAAGAACCCUGCCUUAUGUUUUACAGAAAAAAUUUGGGACUAUUCACCAUGAGCUUUCUCUUUUCCAUUCUUCCUUAUCUUUCUGUUACUCUGGCCUUCUGCCAUUCUCUCCUUCACUUCUCACAUAAGAUAGCUUUAUUCUUUACUCCUUUCCAAGGCUAACCCUUCUAUUUGUUCAAGUGAUCCUACUCCAUUUCCAUCAGAGACAACUCUUAACCCCCUAUAAUCCUACUUUUUCACUUAUUUUCAGUCCUCUACUGGCUCAUUCUUUGUUGCCUACAAACAUGCCCAUAUCACCCCUAUCCUCCAAAAACUUUCCUUUGACCCUUUUCUCCCUGCUAACUAUUGUGCUAUAUCUGCCUUUUAUAACUAAACUCCUCAAAAAGACCAGCUACAAUAGGUGCCUCCAGUUUCUUCCCUCUGUUACAAUUCAGCUUUUGACUUUAUCAUUCCACUGAAAAUGUUCUCUUCAGUUAUUAAUAUGAGUUACUAAAUCCAAUAGUCUUUUCUCAGUCUUCAUUUUUCUUGUCAUCUCUGCAGCCUUUGAUACUGUUGAUCACUCCUCUAUAAUGCUCCCUUCCCAACUGUGUGACCCUGGGCAAGUCACUUAACCCCCAUUGCCUAGCCCUUACUAUUCUUCUGCUUGGAGCCAAUACACAGUAUUGACUCUUUAAGACAGAAGGUAAGGGUUCUAUUUAAAAAAAAAAUGUUUCCUUCCCUCUAGGUUUUGAGGUUUGGGUUUUUUUUCCCCUGCCUUUCUGGUCCCCCCCUUUUUUUGUUUCAUUUGCUGAAUCUUCCAGAUCAAAUCUGCUAACCAUAGGUGUUCUCAGGGUUCCAUGCUAGGCCCUCUUUUCUCUCUCUAUACUACUUGGUGAUCUCAUUAGCUCCUUUUUCACCCCCAACGCUUUUGCGUGGUGCCUAGCACAUAGUAAGUGCUUAAUACAUGCUCAUCUCUAAGAUCAAUAUUGGUCAUUACACUUUUAAAGUCCAAUAACCUUUUAAUGCUGCUUUCAUAUAUAUUUUUGUAGUGAUGUAUGUUGUUCUUAUUUGACUCUGAAUCAAUACACACCUUAUGUUUCUGUGACUUCUUCAUAUUCAUCAUUUCUUAAAGAACAGUAUAUUUAAUAACACUUAUAUGGUGCAAGUUGUUCAUCCAUUUUCCAUUUGAUGGCAACUGCUUUUUAGCUUUUUACUGCUAUUACUACUAAUAGCUACUAUUAAUAUUUUAAAUAUGUGAGUCCUUUUUGGAAUAUUUGACCUUUGUUAACUGUUCAAGAGAAAGAUUUCUGGGUCAGAGGGUAAGAAUAACUUAGUGACUUUUCUUAUAUAAUUACAAAUUGUUUUCUAGAAUGGCUAGGCACAUCACAGAGCAACUAUAGAAGCUCUCUAACCAUAUCAACUCUUAACAUUGACUAUUUCUAUCUUUUAUUCUCUUUACCAUUUGAAAUAUAUGAGGUGAAACAUAGCUUUUAAUGUGCGGAAUGUAAAUUAAAGCAAUUUUGAGGUUCUUCCUCACACCAUUAGAUUGGCAAAGUUGACACCAAAAGAGGAAAAUAACAUUUGGAAAGGCUGUGGUAAGAUAAGCACUUAAAUGAACUGUAUUGGAGCAAUCUGGAAAGCAAUUCAGAACUAUGCAAAAAGUUAAUAAGCAAAAAGCAGUGCAUACUUAUACCCAGUGAUACCUUUAUUACGUCUGUACUCUAAAGAGCUCAAAGAACCAAGAAAAGGACCCAUGCAUACAAAAAUAUUUAUAGCAGCUUCUUUUAUUGUGUUAGGGAUCCUGUCAGUUGGGGAAUGGCUGAACAAAUUAUGAUAUAUUAAUGUAAUGGAAUACGGUUGUGCCAUAAGAAAUGACAAAGAAUGGUUUCAGAAACCUGAGAAGACUUGUAUGAACUUAUGUAGAGUGAAAUGAGUAGAAUCAAUAGAACAAUUAAUACCAUGACAACAACAUUGUGAAGACAAAACACUAUGACAGCAUUGUGAAGACAAAAAACUUUGAAAGGUUUAUGAGCUCUGAUAAAUCAGGUGUCCAACCAUGAUUCCUGCAUACAGAUAUGAAGCAUUCUAUCUAUUUCCUGACAGAAGUGCUAGAGUGGGAAAUGGAUGAAAAGAGGCUUUUGGAUCCAGGGUUGAAGGCUCUAAAUGGAUUAUGGGAUUGUCCUCUGAAGAGCCAGCAGGUGAAAUGCCUGAGUGACUGAAGAAAAUGGGUGCUAAUGCAUCUAACUAUCCCCAUUCGUGUUCCCCAAGGGUAGGGGGAAACUCACAGGCCCAACAAACAUUUAUAGGAACAUCAUCCUAUUCUCAUCAAGGCUAUGGAUGUGAAUCAAAAUUAUAUAGUCUUGAUCAUGGCCAUGAGAAGCCACAAGACAAGAAAAAGAAAACCUCUGGCCUUGCCACCCUCAAGAAGAAAUUUAUUAAACGUCGGAAAUCCAGCCGCUCUGCUGACCAUGCUAAGCAGAUGCGAGAACUCCUCUCAGGGUGGGAUGUGAGAGAUGUCAAUGCAUUAGUAGAGGAAUAUGAGGGAACAUCAGCCUUAAAGGAACUUUCUCUGCAAGCCAGCUUGGCCCGGCCAGAAGCUCGAACACUGCAAAAAGAUAUGGCUGAUCUUUAUGAGUACAAGUAUUGUACAGAUGUAGACUUAAUAUUUCAAGAAACUUGUUUUCCUGUGCACCGGGCCAUUUUAGCAGCAAGGUGUCCAUUUUUUAAGACCCUGCUUUCUUCCUCCCCAGAGUAUGGAGCAGAGAUAAUAAUGGACAUCAAUACAGCAGGUAUAGAUAUGCCCAUGUUCUCUGCCUUGUUACACUAUCUUUACACAGGCGAAUUUGGAGUGGAGGAUUCAAGAUUUCAGAAUGUUGAUAUACUAGUGCAGCUCACUGAAGAAUUUGGAACACCGAAUUCCCUUGAUGUAGAUAUGCGUGGACUGUUUGAUUAUAUGUGUUAUUAUGAUGUUGUCCUCAGUUUUUCAUCAGACUCUGAACUAGUUGAAGCUUUUGUUGGAAAUCAGAACUGUUUAGAUGAAGAACUUAGAGCUCACAAGGCUGUUAUUUCAGCACGGUCCCCAUUUUUUCGAAAUUUAUUGCAAAGAAGGAUACGGACUGGUGAAGAAAUUACAGACCGAACGUUGCGGACUCCCACUAGAAUUAUACUUGAUGAGUCCAUCAUACCAAAAAAAUAUGCUAAAGUUAUUUUAAACUGUAUGUAUACUGAUGUAGUCGACCUCUCAGUUUUGCACUGUAGCCCUUCUGUGGGGAGUCUGAGUGAAGUUCAGGCUCUGGUAGCAGGAAAGCCAAGUUUGACUAGGGCUGAAGAAGCAAUGGAGCUUUAUCACAUAGCACUGUUCUUGGAAUUUAACAUGCUUGCACAAGGCUGUGAGGAUAUAAUUGCUGAGAGCAUCUCAUUAGAUACUUUAAUUGCUAUCCUCAAGUGGAGUUCUCAUCCGUAUGGCUCUAAGUGGGUGCACAGACAAGCUUUACAUUUCCUCUGUGAGGAAUUUACUCAAGUCAUGACUUCAGAUGUUUUUUAUGAACUCAGCAAAGACCAUCUGCUUACUGCUAUCCAAUCUGACUACUUACAGGCAAGUGAACAAGAUAUCCUUAAAUAUCUUAUUAAAUGGGGUGAGCAUCAGUUGAUGAAAAGAAUAGCAGACAGAGAACCAAACUUAAUAAGUGGUACUGCUCAUAGUGUGAACAAAAGAGGUGUGAAAAGGCGAGACCUGGACAUUGAGGAACUUAGAGAGAUACUCUCUUCUCUUUUACCCUUUGUUCGAAUUGAACAUAUUUUACCUAUGAACAGUGAAGUCCUGAGUGAUGCAAUGAAAAGAAGUUUGAUUAGCACUCCUCCUUCAGAUAUGCUACCUACAGCAGAAGGUGGAAAGUCAAAUGCAUGGUUACGUCAAAAAAAUGCUGGAAUAUAUGUUCGACCCAGACUGUUCUCUCCUUAUGUUGAUGAAGCAAAGUCAGUGCUAGAUGAAAUGAUGGUGGAACAAACAGACCUUGUUCGAUUACGGAUGGUUAGAAUGUCCAAUGUUCCUGACACACUUUAUAUGGUAAACAAUGCAGUUCCACAGUGUUGUCAUAUGAUCAGUCACCAGCAAAUAAGCAGUAACCAAUCUAGUCCUCCUUCAGUUGUAGCCAAUGAAAUUCCAGUUCCUCGUCUCCUUGUCAUGAAAGAGAUGGUCAAACGUCUGCAGGAGCUGCGUCAUACUGAACAAGUUCAGAGAGCAUAUGCUCUAAAUUGUGGAGAAGGUGCUACUGUCAGUUAUGAAAUUCAAAUUAGAGUAUUGCGGGAAUUUGGUCUUGCAGAUGCUGCUGCAGAGCUCCUGCAGAAUCCUCACAAAUUCUUUCCUGAUGAACGUUUUGGGGAUGAAAGUCCACUCUUGACUAUGAAACAGUCUGGGCGAUGUCGAGUUAACAGUACUCCCACUGCAGAAACCAUGUUUACAGAUCUAGACACAUUUGUGGCCUUCCAUCCCCCCUUGCCUCCUCCACCACCUCCCUACCAUCCUCCAGCUACUCCACUUCACAGCCAAUUCAAAGUUGGUUGGAAACAAAGAGCUCCCAGCCAACACCCUUCACGUUCAUUUUCUUACCCUUGUAACCAUUCACUGUUUCAUACAAGAACAGCUCCCAAAGCUGUCCCUCCUCCAGUCUAUUUACCUGGUGUUAAGGCAGAACCCCCUGAUUGCACUAACACUACAGGAUCAGGGAGGCAAGCAAUUGCUGCAACUGCAACAGUGAUGACAGCUGAGAAACAAGUGUGUACUCAGCCUAUGCUGAAUGAGCUGAUGCCUGAUAUUGCCAUGGGCGUGUCAACAAUAUCACUCAAGGACAGGAGGCUACCUGAACUUGCUGUUGACACAGAAUUAAGCCAACCAGUUUCCGAGGUAGGGCCAGGACCUCCCCAACACAUAUCAUGUAUCCAGCAGAGGCACAUGAACACUUCUCGAAAGAAACACACACUAGAGCAAAAAACGGAUGUUAGAGAAAAUCAGCAAGAAUACCCAGAUUUCUAUGAUUUCUCAAAUGCUGCUUGCAGACCUUCUACUCCAGCUCCUACCAGACAUUCCCCUUCACCUCCUCAAGGUGUAUAUUUUGGUCCAGAUUUAUAUAGCCACAAUAAGGCAUCACCAAGUGGCUUAAAGUCAGCAUACCUACCUAACCAGAUCUCCCCUAAAAAGCAAGAAGAAACUAGGAGAGAAUAUGUGCUUUCUCCAGAUGGCCAUCAACAGAGGCAAAAGAAUGAGCCAGUACACCUUGAUGUUGUAGAACAACCAUCCCAACGGUUGGAUUUGGCAUUAGCUGUCCAGGAAAAUGCUAGUAAUGGUCCAACUCAUGUCAGGGGACGAACAAAAAUGGAAACUGAUUUGACAUAUGGGCUUACUUCUAAUAGAACUUCACUCUCUGCAUGUAGCUCUGAAACUCCAGAAGAGAGGUCCAGGAGGAGACUGGCAGACAGUGAGUCCUUGGAACAUGGAGCCCAGAGAAAUACAGAGUUGGAAAGGGAAGACUCAGUAAGCAGAGGAAGGAGGUCUCCAAGCAAACCAGACUUUUUAUACAAAAAGUCUGCCCUCUGAAAGUAACCUCCAAAUGGUCUGUGCCUGAGAUGUGGAACAUCCCAUUUUAUGACAGAACCAGACAACUUUCAGACAAGUUUCUUAAAGCCAGCAGAUAACUCAAUUUCACUUUAUUUUGCUCAAGUUUUUGUAUAUACAGUGUUGAUUAGACAUAGCAUGCUAUGACGGUUUGUUUUGUUUUUUUGUUUUUUAAUGCUGCACCUGGUUUUAUUUUGUGCUUUGAGCAGUUGUAUUGAGGAAGCCUUUUUAAGCGAAACCAAGCUGGCACUUUUUUAAAAACAAAUUGAUAGGUUUUUUGCACCUGUACAUUUAUUUUACCAAUAUUAAUUUUUGUAUCACCAUGUUAAACUUUAUUGCCACGUUUAAAAGACUGUAUUUUCAUAUUUUUUUUUUUGCAUUUUACCUUUCACCUACCAAUCUCUAUGUGCAAUGGGUUGCACACUGAAAUGUAUUUUCUUAUGAAAUAGUUAUAAUGUGUUUAUUUUUUAAUUAUAGGAAUUCCAAAGAACAGCACAUCAAAAUGCUCCUCUCUUUUUAGUAAUAGUUUUUAGUUCAGAAAUCUGCUUGGUCAGUCUCUGCUAAAAGAAUCUGUUGUCAUCCUUUUAACAUAAGUCGUGGGAACUAGUGUCUCCAGCUAGUGUCCAUCCAGGAUCCUGAAGUUUUCUGGUUUAGUGAAGAAUGCUGAAGAAAAAAGCUUUCCUUGCCCAAUCCAAAACACUAAUUUACUUACAGUGUGAACUCUUAAUUAGGAUCACUGUAAAUUCAAGUAACAUGAGAAUUUCACUAAGUAGGAUCUUAAAUCAAAUUCCUAAUUAUGAAACAUCCUUAAAUCAAAUUCCUAAUUAUGAAACAUUAAAAAUGUCAGAUUUAACAUGAGACAUACCGCUAACUAGAUUUCUGAGAGCAAAUUCUUCAGCUGAGAGGGGUGAGAUGACUGCUUAUUGCCUUCAGUGGUCUUGCUGCCUAUUGGGGAACAAAUAAAAGGGCUUCAGUCUUAAGGAUGUCAUUUGAUGUUUGUAAGCAUAUGUAUACUUUUAAAUGUUUUUAAUUGUAAGUCUAAUGAAUUUUGAUGUCAUGUGAAGGAAGUUGUGUGAUGCAUAAUGCUUUAAAUCACCAAAAAAAAAAAAGUUACACACUACAUGUCCUACUUGAACUCCACUGGGGAUGCUGGUUUAGUCAGUUACCAAACUAUUGCAGCACAUAGGAUAUUUUGAGAUCCUCUCCCUAGGAAGAGCAGUAUAUGAGCUAAGGACUGUUUUUUCCCCAUAACCUUCCAUGUAAAUAUACUGGUGUUCUGGAUUUUUUUAAGCCAAUUCUUCAAAAUCAUUUGUGUCAGUUUUGUAUUUCACACACACAUAUAUCCAGCAGUAAUAUUUGGAUAAAUAAAAGAGGCUUCCUGAAUAUUCCAUCAUAUAUUGAUAUGUUAAAAAUUUGAAUCCACUCAUUCACACUCACUCUUAAACUAUGCAGGGCUAGGGGGCCUUUACAAGCUACCAUGUAAAUGACUUACAUGCACUUUUAAGUACAUACAUUUUUAUUGGGUGACAACAGCUCUGAUUUUUCCUGAUUAACUGUAGUUCUUCCUGCAGAUUUUUUCCUACUAUACCCUGUGGAUGUACACUCAGGAAUAUCUCUUGACAUUUUUUAAUGCUAACAAUAGAUAGUCACAAAGAUGGGAACAUGUGCUUAUACUAUACCCAGAUAAAACGCUGCCAAGUUGUUUUGCUGUCUAGUUGACUGCUUCUAUUAAAUUUUAAUUUAGGUCAUGUUGUAUAUUUCAUUUGAGAGGUCCAAGGGAAAAUACUAACCUACUUACAAUGUAGACCUACUCAUUGCCUUAAAGGCUUUUUUUUUCUUUCUUUUUUUUUUAAGAUAGAGAAUUAUAACAAUUCAUUGUCUUACUUAAGGGUCUAAACCAUAUAGUAGCUGAUAUAGUCUUUAGAGACCUGACAUCAAGUCUGGCUUUAAUCAAAAAACCUGAAUUAAUUAUUCCAAUCUAUCGCUUAGUAUGUAUUCAUAUAUAUUAAUGUUAAUCCUUUGGAUACAGUAAUAAGUUGCUGCUCUGGGUCAGACCAGAGUUGUACUGGUAAUGCAAAUGAGAGUUCCAUUUCCCUGAUAUUCUUUUAAUCUUCCUUGUCUCUAUUCAGAUUAUGAAUUAUUUUGGUUGGUACUAUUAAAACCUGCACAUUCACUUUUAAUAAAAAUUAAUGAAAUUUUCUGCCACAUCCCCCAAAUUAUUUUAUAAUGACCACUGCCAUAAUUUGAUUUCUUUCAAAAUCUACAUUUUCAGCUAUGAAUUAGUUUGAAUGACUGGCUAAAAUAUUCACAUGGGGAAAAACCGCUUUAGGGUAUGGCACUAUAAACUGAUAUAACAUGCAGAAAGAUACUAUGUCUGUGAUGCAUGUAUCUUAUUAGAUUAAUUAUCAGUUAUCUUGCUGUAUUUUAUGAUAUGUAAUUUGUAGAGUAAGUUGAAUAGCUGUGAGCCAAUGGCUUUUUAACACAUCUAUUUAAAUCUUUGUAUACUGUGAUAAGAUAAAUGAGAUUACUAUAGACGGUUGCUUUUGAAAAACAGUAUAUACUUAAGGGCCACAAACAAUGAUAUUUUAUGUAAUACAAAAGUAUUUUAAAAUAACCAAAUCACAAAACUACCGGAUAACCAUAAGACAAUCGGCCGCUCAGACAAUCUCCAUUUUCAGUACUCAUAGCAGGUUAAAGAGUGGGUAGACAACUGAUUUUAUUCUCAGUGUGGAAGAAGAAAAGAUACUACUUUCCUGAAAGUGUUGUUUGUAUUUGUUUCCUUCUUAGUUUAAUUUUAUGAUUUUAUUAAGCAAUCAUUGGGGGGAAAUGGCAAUGUAUGGUGACAUAGAAAUUGUUUGUGGAACUUAAUGUUUUAAAUCUUUGGCAUAAUAUAGGCUUCAUACCAUUCCCAUUAGCUUUCCCCAAGUAAAUCUUGGGCCUAAACUCUUCGAAACACUUCAUUUACCACUUAAACUUUAAGGGCUUUGGUAGGAGCUCUCUGUAAUUAGUCCUUUUAUAAAAGUUAUAUAUGAAACUUUGCCAAACUCUUGUAAUUCUUGUAGUAUGAGCUUCCCCAGAGUAUUUGUUCACUUUUUAUUAUCAUAAUGAUCUUUUAUGGAAUUUUCUUUUUGUUUAUUUGGAGAGGCUUUUCACUGAAGUUAAGUGGGUACAGUAUUUGUACUAAGUGGAGACAAUGAUGAUGCAGUUGUAAUGGAAAAAAAAGACCUAUGUCCAUCUACAGAAACUUAGGUAGUAAAUCUCUUAAUACCUCAGUCUCUAGAGGCAAAGAAUUCAGUUUCCACAAUAACUUUUUAUUAAACUUAAUUGGUUUCAUUAAAGAAGAAAUUUAAGUUGUCUGUUUUGGGAGGGCAGGAAGAGAGGUGUCUGUCUUUGUUUCCUGAAGCACUUAUGAGGUGGUUUAGGAAUAAUGUUUCAAUCUGAUAUUUAAUUCAAAGGGAGAAAUGUUUGUUUUCUUUCCUUUAAAAAAAUUUUUUUAAAUCAAAAUAGUGUGAUGGGUGCUAAUUCCCUUUCUGCAUGGUUUACAAUGUGUACUAAUUGACUUUAAGACCUCAUCACAAAUAAGUUUAUGAAAAUGGUUAGAGUACACACUACUUAAAAGUAUUUUUCUUAUUUUGUUAAUGCCCUAAGUAUAGCUUUUUUCUGAAGUCAUAACUGUCUUAUAUUUUCUGCCCCGUAGAUUGCAGUUGUUGUAAUGGCAAGUCCUUAUUUGAUUUCAUCCUUUGUUCCCCCACCCCAAAAAAAGAAUCCUGUCAUUUAUUCCAUAGUCUGAAUAUUAUGAUACUGUGGCCCUUGUUAUAGAAAGGAUACUUAUAAGUAUUCUGUUUGUCUUGAAAACUCUUGAAAGUAAUUGCUUGUCGUUAUGUGGUUCUUUUUAAGAGAUUAGACAUGAUGUGGAAACAUCAUUUGUAUGGCUGUCUAUGACCGUUUAUCUGUUUUAAAAUGUGCAGGUGGUGGGAAAACCUGCCCAUGGAUGUGGGGUACCAGAAAGAUCAAGAAAGUCAAUCUACUGUUGGCAUAUAGUAACCCACCUGUAAUUCUGAGAGGUGGUAUCUUCUACAAUACUGCAUUUCUUGGUGUUGUGCUGUUACUGGUAUAAAGUCAAGUGCCUUCAAUGUUAAAGGCUCAGAAAAUUUUCUUAAACCGAUUUCAUGUCCUAUGCAAGUGUUUUCUACAACCUGCAUAACCAGUACUUUGUAAAACUUGUUUACGCUUCAAUUGUACAUAGUGUUUUUUAAAAAUAUAUAUAUAUAGUAUUUUUAUUUAGGUACCUCCAAACUUGAAUUCCAGUCUGUGUGAUGCAUUGUAAAACAAUACAUUUCUCUUUUGAGUACCAUUACAGUUGUACAAAGGUUUUCACUGGUUCUAUUUUUCUACUGUUACUGAAAAGCAUGUAACACUGACUUUAUCCUACAUAUAGUUGGCAUUUCAAAUAAAUGGAUUGUAUAGAAA